AUGAAGCUUAUUAAAGGAAAUGACGAUUACAAAGACUGUUAUAUUAAUUAUGGAAAAGAUCGUUGUGGUGAUUGUAGUGACGCCAAAAAUAGAAAACUUAAGGCUGCUGAGGAUGACAAUCCAGGACCAUUGUCUGAAGAGGAUGAAAUGAAUAACAGGCCUCCUUCUCGUAAUGUUUAUAUUGAAAAACUUGGUGAAGGAAUGACCGAAGAAAAACUAUAUAAAGACUUUAAAAAAUGUGGCAAAAUAGAAUCAAUCAUUCUUGACAGAGAAAAAUCAUGCGGAUUUGUCAACUUUAUGUCUAUUGGUUCUGGAAUCAGAGCAGUGAAACGCAUUAAAAGAAAAAGUGGUUACAAAAACUGUUAUAUUAAUUAUGGAAAAGAUCGUUGUGAUGAUGGCGAAGGUGAAAAUAUAGUUGGAAGCGAAGCUGAUACCGGAAUAGUUCGUGUGCGUGUGGACCCAAAAUACUUCCGUCCAACUGAAGUUGAUCUUUUGCUUGGUGAUCCUACUAAAGCUUAUAAUAAACUUGGUUGGAAACGUAAAGUUGAUUUUGAUUCACUUGUAAAGGAAAUGGUUUUGGCUGAUAUUGAGGGUGCCAAA